AAAAGAAAAAACGAGACCGACUGGAUGGAAUGAGAACAACCGGGACUCUCUGUCUCUUAGAAAUUCAUCAAGAGAGAGACAGAGAAAGAGUCAAUUCGUGGGUUCGAUUGGAUCUGUUAGCAGAAAUAGUAAAAGAAAAGAAAUUGGAGGAUUGUUAGUUAGUCAGUUGAAUCGAGGAUUUGCGAAGGCUGUAAAGGAGAGAUUAAAUGGAUCAGAUAUUGAACAAAGUUGGAUCUUAUUGGUUAGGCCAGAAGGCUAACAAGGAGCUCAAUUCUGUCGGCGAUGAUAUCAACUCAUUGUCAAGCAGUAUUGAAGGAGGAGCCAAAUGGCUUGUCAACAAAAUGAAAGGGAAAAUGCAAAAGCCAUUGCCAGAACUGCUGAAGGAAUAUGACUUGGCCAUAGGAAUUUUUCCCCGAGAUGCUACCAACUAUGAGUUUAAUGCCGAGACAGGAAAGCUUACUGUAUUUGUCCCUGAAAUCUGUGAAGUUGGUUACAAGGAUUCAUCUGUCUUGCGCUUUUUCACGACCAUAACUGGGUAUUUGGAGAAAGGAAAACUAGCCGAUAUAGAAGGAAUAAAGACAAAGGUACUAAUUUGGGUUAAAGUGACUUGUAUCACUUCUGAUGGACCGAAGCUUCAUUUCACAGCUGGGAUGAAGAAGACUAGGAAAAGAGAGGCUUAUGAAGUCCUUAGGGAUGGAGUGAGUGUAGACAAGUUCUGAGGUAGUUAAAUAGAAGUAUAAUAUUAUUGUGAAUAACUCCUUUAUCAUUGCUUGCAGACCUUUCUGCUUGUUUUCUUCAUUGUGUAAUGACCAGCUAAAUGGAAUUUCAUAUGUUCCUCCUUUUGUUCUAUAUUGAUAUAAAACGCCAGAAAACAGAACAGCCAGCUUGCGAAUUGAUUUUCA